AUGGAUAAAAUACCAAAAGUUGAAGGUCAUUGUGACAAUGACAAUUUGAAAGCUGAUGCAGACACUGAUAAAAGCGAUAAUAAAUGUGACUAUGAGAGACAGCAUUUUGGUUUUACUCCUAUCAACAUGGUUAAUGGAAUGUUUAAUGCAGUGUGUGACUUUUACAGAGAAGCAAUCAAAGUGUUUUGUAAAACAUUAAAAGAAAACUAUCCAAAUGUUAUGAGUGAUGAGGAAUUGAAAAUUUUUUUUUUUUUACUUCGGGAUGUGUUCUCUAUACCAGCUAAUGUUAUCUUACCAGAGGAUGUUUGUCAGCUAACACGGCUUGAUACAGAGGCUGAAAAUGAUUUAGAAAAAAGAAUAUCUGAAGUAAAGAAGAGAAUAAUUUCAGUAAAGUAUGCUAAUGCUGUGUUAAGUCAACACUUAGAAGAUUCCCAGGCCUUGACAGCUUCAAUAGACAACAUCAAGAAACUAAUUUCAGAAAGCAACAUCUCACAAACUGGUGGUAAAGGUAUCAAAGACUGGCUCUCUUAUUACAGUGAACAUUUAAAGAAUUCUGUUCUGGAAUAAUUUCUUCUGAUGGUGUCCUGAUCUAUGCAUUUGAUAUAAAUAUCUA